AUGAACCGAGUAAGGGGCUGGAGUGGCGAGAACAACUUGAUGGAGAUGAGCCCGUCCGACUCCUAUAAUGAUAAUAUGAAUGGCUCCUACCAUGACUCAUCUGGGCCAGGUUUCCUAUAUGGAGAAUCAGAGUGCCAUGGUGUGAGUGUGGAGACUUGCGAGUCUCUCAACGCCAGCAUGGCCACACUGGCAUCGUCUGAUAGUAGUGAUGAAGCUCAGUUCGACGCUCACAAUUUAGAGCUCAUCAGUUCUUUAACUGGGUUCACGAGAAAGCGGGCACUGUUCCUGAAGUUUCGUUCGAGGAUCGAGAAACAGCAGCAGAGUAAAGACUUUGUGUUCUUCCGUGAUGGACUACGCAGGAUUGAUUUUGUCCUGUCCUACACUGAUGAAGACAGUGAAAAACACAGAAGAAAGAGGGAGCUUUACGAAGCCAACCUCAUGAAAGUCGGCUUGGAGCUGGAGACUGAAGAUAAAUUAGAAUCGGAAGAUGGAAAGACCUACUUUGUGAAGAUCCACGCACCUUGGGAGGUUUUGGCCACUUAUGCAGAUGUGCUGAAAAUCAAAGCACCCUUUAAGGUCAACGACAUGCAAAGAAAAUCUGUGAAUCCCUUGAGUUGGUUGGCCACCCCUUUGCGUCUUCCGGAGCACAUCAUGUAUCCUGACCCGGACUUCUUCACCGCUACCUUCAACAAGAGCAAAGCAGACUUCUUUCUCAUCGAUGACAAAGAUACAUUCUUUAGCCCUGCCACUCGCAACAGGAUAGUAUACUACAUCCUCUCCCGGUGUCCAUAUGUAGAGGAUGAACACCUGGAUAAAGACAAGAAAGGAAUCAAGAGAUUGCUUAACAACUGCACCUACACAGGGGCAUUUCCAUUGCAUGAUGGAAGAUACUGGGUAAAACCGAAGGAUUCUAGUUUUGAGAGGGACAGAUACAAUCUCUACCAAAACUGGGCCAAAUUUUCAUGCUUCUUCAAAGAGCAGCCUCUCAACCUCAUCAGGAAGUACUACGGGGAGCGGAUUGGCCUCUAUUUUGCCUGGCUUGGGUUCUACACUGAGAUGUUAUUUUUUGCUGCAAUUGUGGGAUUACUUUGUUUCUACUAUGGUUUGUCCUCAUACAAAGACAAUGAGUGGAGUAAGGAAAUCUGCAGUGAGAAAAUCGGAGGCAAUAUUGUGAUGUGUCCGCUGUGUGACAAGAAAUGUACCUUCUGGAAACUCAGCACAACAUGCAAUUCAUCAUGGCAAGCGCAUCUCUUUGACAAUGCGGGAACUUUGCUGUUUGCCAUAUUCAUGGGGAUUUGGGUGACUUUAUUUCUGGAGCUUUGGAAGAGGCGCCAGGCCCGUCUAGCGUAUGAGUGGGAUCUGGUGGACUUUGAGGAGGAGGAGCAGCAACUGCAGAUCCGUCCUGAGUACGAGAUUAGGUGCACCAGCCGCAAGCUGAAUCCCAUCACUCAGGAAUCUGAGUUGGUUCUUGAGAGGACUGCUACUGAUAUUGUGGCAAAAUUAUUUCUGUGCUGGGUCACCGUGUUAUUCUGGAUUUGUCUGACCAUUUCCUGCAUCAUCGGAGUGAUAGCAUACCGCCUGGCUGUCUACGCAGCCUUUGCCAGCUUCAUGAAGGAGAAUGAACAAUUUAACAAGAUGGGUUCCUCAAUCACCCCGCAGCUGGCCACCGCUGUCACCGGCUCAUGCAUCAACUUUGUCAUCAUUAUGAUACUCAACCUAAUGUAUGAACGAGUGGCUAUUUGGAUAACUAACCUGGAAAUUCCAAAGACGCACGUGGAGUAUGAGAACAAGCUGACAGUAAAGAUGUUCCUAUUCCAGUUUGUCAACUACUACUCCUCCAUCUUCUAUGUAGCAUUCUUUAAAGGCAAAUUCAUCGGCUAUCCUGGAGGUUAUUCUUACAUGUUUGGCCAGACGACUAGACUCAGGAAUGAAGAGUGUGACCCUGGUGGUUGUUUGAUUGAAUUGACCACCCAGCUUGUAAUCGUGAUGACCGGGAAGCAGGUGUGGGGCAACAUCCAGGAGUCUCUGGUCCCGGUGUUAAUGAACUGGUGGCGUGGCAGAAGAGCUCGCAGCCACCCAGACAGUCUGUAUAGCCGUUGGGAGCAAGACAACAACCUGCUGAUGUUUGGGCAACUGCAACUCUUCGACGAGUACCUGGAAAUGGUGAUCCAGUUUGGUUUCGUCUCUCUGUUUGUGGCUUCCUUCCCCUUGGCUCCUCUGCUGGCUCUCUUCAACAACAUUAUCGAGGUUCGAGUGGACGCUUGGAAGCUCACUACUCAGUUCAGACGUCCCGUGGCAGCCAAAGCUCAUAGUAUUGGCGCGUGGGGGGAAAUCCUCAGUGGCAUUGCCAUUUUGUCUGUUGUUACCAAUGCUUUCAUUGUGGCUUUCACUUCUGAUAUGAUCCCCCGACUUGUGUAUAUGUACGCUUACCAGCCAGAUGGGGUAGUUACUAUGAAAGGCUACAUCAACAACAGCUUGUCUGUGUUCAACAUCUCAGAGUUCCUACCGGCCAACAGGCCAGAUGAUGAUGAGAUGCCGUCCUGGUUCAACAGCUCCAUCACAACCUGCAGGUACCAAGACUACCGCUACCCUCCUGGCCACGAGAAUCAGUAUGCCCACACGUUGCAGUUCUGGCAUGUUUUGGCUGCCAAGCUAGCCUUCAUCAUCAUCAUGGAGCAUAUCGUGUUUCUAAUCAAGUUCUUUUUGGCCUGGCUGAUUCCCGACGUUCCUGUCGACGUGAGGGAUCGAGUGAGGAGAGAGCGCUAUCUGGUCCAAGAAAACCUCUACAAAUUCGAAGUGGAGAAGGUGAGGAGUCAAUUCAGCGGGUACGUGGACGAGGAAAACAAGGUGUAUAGCAGACAACAAGCUCUGUGA